UAACUUCAAUAACAAAAAUAAUAAUUAUUAUUAUUAUUAUCAACAUUUGGAAUAAGCUUUCUUAUUAUCAUUAUGCGGGGAUUUUACAACAAUUGAUGGAAAAGGUACGUGUAUAAGACAUCAACCAUUUGCUUGGGAAACCACCAACACAUAGAAUACUCUCUAGACACACUUGUAAGAACCACAGCCACACUGAGCGCGCAAUGGCAACCACCGCAACCGCGAUUAGCAGCGCUGCCGCCGACCAGCUCCACGACGACGUCUACGACCGGAUGAAGGAGGUCCAGGAGUUCGAGGACUCGAAGCUCGGAGUCAAAGGUCUGGUUGACUCCGGCAUCUCUUCCAUCCCUCGGUUCUUCGUUCACCCGAACUUCAAGCCGGACCCCAACCCGGGCGCCCGACCCGACGUCAUCCCGACGGUCGACCUCUCCGGCGUCGACCGCCCGGACGCGAGGGCGAAGAUCGCGGAGCAAAUCUCGGGCGCCUGUCGCCAGCUCGGAUUCUUCCAGGUCGUCAAUCACGGGAUUCCAGUGGAAUUCUUGGACCGAUUCGUCGGCGCCGUCAGGGGGUUUCACGAGCAGCCGACGGAGGAGAAGGCGAAGCUGUAUAGAAGGGAACCCGGGACUGGGGUUUCCUUCUUUUCCAACAUCGACUUGUUUCAUUCCAAAGCCGCUAGCUGGAGAGACACGCUGCAGAUGAGGUUAGGACCCACUUUACCAGACCUCGAAGAAAUCCCUGCCAUAUGCAGGGAAGAGGUUGUGGAAUGGAAUCAGGGGGCGAAACAGGUUGGGGGAUUGCUGAUGGAGCUCUUGUGCGAAGGGCUAGGAGUGAACUCAGGGGCUUUGAAGGAGAGGAGGUUCUUGGAAUCCAGAGUGAUGGUGGGUCACUACUACCCUUACUGCCCGCAGCCUGAUCUAACUGUUGGGAUUGCGUCCCACACAGAUCCAGGAGCAUUGACCCUGCUCCUCCAGGAUCAGGUCGGGGGGCUCCAGGUCAAGUUUGGCGAGCAAUGGGUUGAUGUCGUGCCUGUUAGAGGCGCUCUUGUCGUCAACAUUGGAGAUCUUUUGCAGAUAAUGUCGAACGACGAGUACAAGAGCGUGGAGCACAGGGUGCUGGCGAAUCCAACCAUGGAGCCACGGGUGUCGGUGGCUGUGUUCUUCAAUUCGGAUGAGCAGGAGUCCGUUCUGGGACCGAUCCCGGAGCUGAUCUCGCCCGAGAAACCUGCCGUGUACAGGGAAUUCACCAAGUUGGACUACAUGAGAAGGUUCUUCACCAAAGAGUUGGACGGCAGAACCCUCACCAAUUUCUACAAGCUGUAAGAAAAAAAGAGACUGGUGCAUGUGAUCGCUUGUACUUGGCUAGAAAAAGAAAUUGUGCUCUCUCAUACUAAGUCGUGUCUCGUCUUGCAUUAGUGGGAUGAACAAGUACAUACUGAUAGAUUGUAAGCAGAAGUCUAGGAAUAAAUACUGAUGAUGUUGAAGAAUACAGUUUUUAGACUAUAAUUGCAUGCAACAUCUCUCUUCUUUAUUUAGAAUUCUCAGCGCUGGCGAAGAUAGUUAGAAGGAAGCAAAAAUGAAAAAACAGUAAGAAUGGUGAGAGACACGGGGGAAGGAGAAGGAAGUCAUGGAGUACAGUCCUGCAUGUUUGACAUAUAUUAUUGUCUUCUCCACAUGUAAAGAGAAGGCCUUUCAGAGAAUAAUUGUUGUUAAUUGAAAGCUACUUAGUAUUAGUAUUAGGAAUUAGUAUCAAAAGAUUAAUCGUAUGGUACAGAUGAUUUGAUUUUUUUUUUUACUAAAUUGAAAGGCGAUUUUAGUGAUGUGAAAUGGUUGACUACGAUGAAAUUACGAUUUCGACAUAAAAUAUCAUAUCGCUAAUUUUUACGGCAUAACCUCUUGACUCUUGACAGUUUUACAAUUCUUGAUUAUGAUGUGAAUUUGUGGAUUAAGACAAACUAGUUGUAUUUCUUCAUGCUUAAGCAAUUGUAGGAUUAUUAUACUGAAUUUAUAUACGAAUGAGGAAUUUUACAAUGCUUUAAAGAAUUGAGAUUUUUUUUCAGAAAUAACACAAUUUAAAAAAAAUUAUAAAAAUAGCACCCAAUCCUGAAAAAUUUCAAAAAUAACACCAUUUAGCGUUAUGGUACAACUUUAGGUUGUGCAUAUACUCUUUUGUAAAAUCCUUUUAUUGGACAAACUAAAGUUGUACCUAUAUGUUAUGGUACAACUUCAAGUUGUACUACGAGAUAAAGGUCAAAUUCACUUAUGGUACAACUUCAAUUCGUACCUUUAACGUUAUAGUACAACUUCAAAUUGUACUUUAAAGCACUCAUACUUUAAAGUAUAGUAUAAGUGCUCCUAACGAAAUUCCUAUUAUGUAUUGAAUUUGUUAUAGUAUGUUUUUAAAAUUAUAAUAUGCUACAGUAGGUUUGCAAGGUUUGUUUUUUUUGAAUCUAAUAUGAUUAAUAUUGAAAUAUUUUACAUGUAUUUUUCAUGAUAUAUUAAUCUUUUUGCUCGAUAAUAUCCAUACAACACAAUGACAUAUUUAUGUUUAUUCACACAACAUACUUAGAGUAUUCAACAUUAUUAGAAUAUCUAUCUAUAUCUAUAUCUAUAUCUAUAUCUAUAUCUAUCUAUCUAUCUAUACUAAAUAUUAUGGCUAUUCAAAAAUAACUUCUUGCCAAAUAAGCAAUUGGUGAAUGCACAAGUUGUCUAGGUGGACAAUUUUUUUACAAACAAAAAACUAUUUAUUGAUCUAUUUUUGAAGCUAUCUCUCUCUUCUUUUAAUAAUUCUACUCAUUUUUACUAAAAUUAAAAUAAGUUAAUUCUUUAGGAAACAUUUAAACAAACACAUACAUAAGUAAUAAUCUUUUUCAAUUAAACAAACAAUAAAGAUGGAGAGUGACAUAUAUCGUAUUUAUUUAACCCAAGCUGAUUAAAUCUGAUUAAGUAAAUUUUCUACUCAUUUUACUAAAAUUUAAUAAUAAGUUACAUUUUGAUGAAGAAAAAAAAAACAAGCACACACAUCAAAAUAAUAAUUUUAAAUUAAACAAAAUAUAAACGAUGGUUUAAGAGAAAACAAAUGUUUGAUAAUCAAUCGACUUUGAGAAAUGAACAAUAUGACUUUAUGUUUUUUGCUAUCAAACGCUUACUUCUUUCUAAUGUAUAUACCUAUCAAAUAAAACCAGUAUAAAUUUUGUAGCAAAAUGUUUGAUUAUAAACUUGACAUAACAAUAAUUGUUAUUUUUAAAAAACUUCUUAUUUAUUCCAAGUAAAUGAAAACAUAUUAAUUAUUAAUGCAAACUUUUAAUUUGUUUAUGUCCCUUUCCUCAUUUUGAUUGUCUCACUAGAAAUAAAAUCCAACUUUGAAAAUAAGAAAUCAAGAAAGUAUGUCAACCACCACACUACGGGAAAAGUGAGAUUUGGCAACACCUGAAAUGUGUUGCAUGAUGUGUCGAAAGUGUUACAUAAGCGAUAUGCAACACUUUUAGUAGUGUCCUCUAUAGGUGGUGUUGUAUAAUGUAAUAGAGAACACUUAUUCUAAUUUAUGCAACAACAACAAAAUAUGUUGCAUAUGCAUAUCUUAUAUGCAACACCCUUUUAGGCAACAACUUGAAAAUUUUAUUCAACACUUUUUAAUAAGUAUAAGCAACAUGUAUAUUCCUUAUCCGUGAUGAAUCUUAUUGUCACAUAAGACAUUCAAUUGUGACGAAUUUAUUUUGUAACAAGUACUAUACAUUUGUGACGAGAGCGUGUCAAAACCAAACGUAUUUCAACUGUCACCAUGUUCAGUUGUAACAAAUGUGUCACAUUUUAGACGGUGUUUUGCCACAAAAGCAAGCUUUUGUGACUUUUACUCUGAUCACAAUGUCAUGUUUUUGUGACAAAUCAUUUCGAUACGUAUAUUGUUUGUGACAAAAAGGUUAUCACAUCUAUUUCUAUUGGCGACAAGAGCUACACUCAUAAAGGAACUCAACUGUGACAAAGAUUUAUCACUAAUGAAUUCUUUCGUGACUAAUUUGUCAUAUAUAGAACUAAUAUUAGCUACCACUAAUAAGGAUACUAAUGUAUAACAAUCGUGGCAGUUACGUACUUCAUAGAUGGAAUUCAUUUGUGACAAUACAUUGAAGAAAAAAAUUAUCCUCAACUCCAGUCUCAAUAUAAACUAAAUAGCUUUAAGAAAUCAAAAUAAAAUUUUUCUUCGACCAAUCGGCUGAACAUAAUCUCAUAUCUUCUUCAUGCUUUACUUGUAGGCGUGCUAUAUAUUGUCAUCGAAUUGUUCCCCUCCUGUUAGCUUGGAGUAGCUGUUGGUGUACCCCUUCAUCUAUGUUGUGCUCGAUAUAAUUCAAAGCUUAGAAUGAACCAAGACAUCAAAGUAAUGAUUUCACCUUCUUAUCCAGCGCCUAGUUUGAUUUCCCAAUCUUGCCCCACUUAUGCAGUCCUUUCUCGAUUACUUCAACCAUCUUCAGAGUUUGCUUCUUACACCUACCCUCAUAACCAUAAAAGAAAUUCACUAAUAGUCUUAUUAAUCAUAAAAAUGGGGAAAUUUUCAAAUCAUAGUCAAGGCAAAUUUAGGAACUCCGUUGGCUUACAUGGUAGUAUGGCGGUCCACAUCAAGCUGUUGUUGCUAGACUUGGAGGGAGUCAGAUAGCGAGAUAUCAUGGCGUUGAAACGAGCUACUGCAACUUCAUUGCCAUCAACAUCCACCCUCAGCAGAAGCUAAUUGUACAUCCACCCUUUUUUUAAGUGAAUCUACCCUCCGUUGAUCUUCCACUUGACCGCCGAAUUACAUACGUCUAGCGGUGAGAAAAUUAUAUAAACCCCAUGCAGCAGUUGGAAGCAAGCAGAGCAACGGAAGUACCAGGCAGGAUGAAGAGCUCAUGUUGAAUCAAUGGAUGUUGCCUCGAGAUCGCCUAGGAUGUGAAUGGCGGCGGCGCUAGAUUGGAGUGGCGCAUAAACUUAAUGAAAACCCUAAUGAGGAGAAAGAUGAAAGUAAAUUCGGGGUACGAGAGUGAAGAUAUAAGGGCCAUAUAUAACCCUUGGACAAUUAGUUUAAACUUUCCCCCAGAAACCCUUACUAGUUACUACUAUUCAAUUGUCUUAUUAUGGAGUUAAAUACAAAUUAAGAAAAGUGAACAAAAAGGACAAUAUUAUUUAUAAUUAGUGAUGGGGCUAUGUGUAGUUCCAGGUGACCUAUACCCUCUUCCUCUGAAUUUGAUCUUUGAUUAUAAUUUGUGUAUAAAUAAAACAACGAAAAGUAACCGGACCCUAGUAAUUUUUAUUUCUAGCCCCACUAUAAAUCCCAAUUUUACCACUAUUUAAAAUUGAGCACUACUACUAUGCUAUAUAGUAUUGGUGCUUUAAUGUACAACUUAAAGUUGUACCAUAACAUUAAAUGUAUAAGUUUAGGUUGUCCCAUAAAGUAAUUUAUAUCAUUAUGUUAUGGUACAACUUUACAACUUGAAGUUGUACCAUCACAUAAAGGUACAAGUUCAAGGUGUACCAUAAAAGAAUUUGUACAAAAAGUAUAGGUACAAUAACAUUAAAAGUACAAUUUCAAG